AUGGACUCGUCAAUAGGAAUAAAGGGACGCAACUUCGCAAUAGUGGCUGCAGACACAAAGAUCUCCAGCUCCAUUCUUGUAGUCAAGGAAAACCACGAGAAGUUCCAGGUGAUCAAGGACAGGAUUGUAAUGGCGAUGACAGGGAAUCAGGGGGAUGCAUUCAGGACCAUGCUCUAUGUGUCGGAGAGUGCCUUGUAUGAAGAGAUACAGAACGGGAUAGAGCUCAGUCCAAGUGUAUUGGCGCACAUGAUCCAAAACAAGGUCCAUGAAUCCCUUCGAAGGAGGCAGCUUGACAUAUCGUCAAUAGUAGCAGGAAGAGGGCCUGAAAAAUACGACCUAUGGUCUGUUGACAAAUAUGGAGCAAUCUCCUCAGUGCCCUUCUGUGCCAGUGGAUAUGCCGCAUACUUCGUGUAUGGAAUCCUUGACAGGGAGUACUCUGAAGACAUUACUAUUGAUGCAGCCUUGAGCAUCAUGCAGAAGUGUGUUAAUCUAUUGAAGGAGAGGCUUAUGAUCAAUCUGGAGGGAUUCAUGGUGAAAAUAGUUACUGACGAUGGAAUCUUGACCAGAACCUUGGUCCCGGAAAUAAAAGGUUGA